AUGGAGCGGAGGAUGAAAGGCGGAUACUUGGACCAGCAAGUGCCCUACACCUUCAGCAGCAAAUCUCCCGGAAAUGGGAGCUUGGGCGAAGUGCUGAUGGUCCCACAGGGGAAACUCAUGGACCCGGGUUCCCUACCGCCUCCUGACUCCGAAGAUCUCUUCCAGGAUCUAAGUCACUUCCAAGAGACGUGGCUCGCUGAAGCUCAGGUACCAGAUAGUGAUGAGCAGUUUGUUCCUGAUUUCCAUUCAGAAAACCUAGCUUUCCACAGCCCCACUACCAGGAUCAAGAAGGAACCCCAGAGUCCCCGCACAGACCCGGCCCUGUCCUGCAGCAGGAAGCCGCCACUCUCCUACCACCAUGGCGAGCAGUGCCUUUAUUCAAGUGCCUAUGACUCCCCCAGACAAAUCGCCAUCAAGUCCCCUGCCCCCGGUGCCCCUGGACAGUCACCCUUGCAGCCCUUUCCCAGGGCAGAACAGCAGAGUUUCCUGAGAUCCUCCAGCACUUCCCAGCCCCACCCUGGCCACGGGUACCUCGGGGAGCACAGCUCCAUCUUCCCGCAGCCCCUCGACAUGUGCCACUCCUUCACGUCUUCUCAGGGAGGGGGCCGGGAACCCCUCCCAGCCCCCUACCAACACCAGCUGUCGGAUCCCUGCCCGCCCUACCCCCAGCAGAACUUCAAGCAGGAGUACCAUGACCCCCUGUAUGAACAGGCUGGCCAGCCAGCUGUGGGCCAGGGUGGGGUCAGUGGGCACAGGUACCCAGGGGCGGGGGUGGUGAUCAAACAGGAGCGCACAGACUUCGCCUAUGACUCAGAUGUCCCUGGGUGUGCAUCAAUGUACCUCCACACUGAGGGUUUCUCUGGGCCCUCUCUAGGUGAUGGGAUGAUGGGUUAUGGCUAUGAGAAAUCUCUUCGACCAUUCCCAGAUGAUGUCUGCGUUGUCCCUGAAAAAUUUGAAGGAGACAUCAAGCAGGAAGUGGUCGGAGCUUUCCGCGAGGGGCCACCCUACCAGCGCCGGGGUGCCUUGCAGCUGUGGCAGUUUCUGGUGGCCCUGCUUGAUGACCCAACAAAUGCUCAUUUCAUUGCUUGGACUGGCCGGGGAAUGGAGUUCAAAUUAAUUGAGCCUGAAGAGGUUGCCAGACUCUGGGGCAUUCAGAAGAACCGGCCAGCCAUGAAUUAUGACAAGCUUAGCCGCUCACUGAGAUACUAUUAUGAGAAAGGCAUCAUGCAGAAGGUGGCUGGUGAGCGUUAUGUGUACAAGUUCGUGUGCGAGCCUGAGGCUCUGUUCUCUCUGGCCUUCCCGGACAAUCAGCGUCCAGCUCUGAAAGCCGAGUUUGACCGGCCAGUCAGUGAAGAGGACACAGUCCCUUUGUCCCACUUGGAUGAGAGCCCUGCCUACCUCCCAGAACUGGCUGGCCCUGCUCAGCCCUUUGGCCCAAAGGGUGGCUACUCUUACUAGCCACCAUGGGUGGGAGCUGCCCAGUGUACAUAUUGGUGUAUUUGGUGUUGGGGAGCCCCCACUGAUACCCACGGAAAUCUCUAGGGCAGAUCUCUGUCCCAUCUGUUGCCCUGGGCCAGACUCAGAUGCUCACUGGAGUCUGGGGAAAGGAAAAAUGGAGGCAGGUCAAGUUUAAAGGCCAUGUUACUGAAGCGCCCCGUGGUUUACCUCUGCCCGCAGUUCAGCUCAGUCUCUAGGUCUUGCUUAGAGGCCCAAAUCCCAGUUCCCUUCCCCCACCAGAGAACUAGUAUCUCUUCUGUUCUUGGGACAAGGGGUUUCCCAAGUUUAUUAUAACAGCAGGGCCAAGGGGGUUCCCUGAACUCCCCAGUUCUCCUGUAGGAGACUGAAGCCUGGGCUCUGCCCUGAACUAGGGCCCUGUGUUCUUGGUGCUCUGUGCUUCCGGAGGCAGGAGCAGGUGGAAGGAACCUGUGGUGGGUGCUGGGGGAGGCAGAAGAAAGGGGUCCUGCUCCCAGGGGCCCUCUGGCUCUUCUCUGCCUUUUGUAGGCCCACCCAGGUCUAGAUUCCACCUCCAUCUCAUCUGCCAGACCUUAAUAAAGGCCCCUGCUUCUCCUGUUAGCUCUUCUGUUCUGCUUCCGUGGGUCAAGGACCUGGGGUGGGAAGAGCUAUGGCUGUGGAGCAGAGGGCUGGAGUUCGGGGAGUAUCCCAAGGCCUUAGAGGAUGACAUAGUGAUGCCCUUGUCCCUGUUUUCCUGGCCCAAACAAUCCCUUGCCCAUCUGGAAAAAAAAAGAGUUCACCUCUUGACUCUGAUUUUCCUCUGAAAAAUGGGCUUCAUGAAACCUCCUCUUCCCUGGAAUCAUGUGAAGACCCAGAAAUAAUGGUCAAAGGGUAUUUUUAACCACCCCUUAGCAUGAUUGGUCUCUCAUUGGGUGCUUGAUCUAUAGCCCUGCCAUUAUAGUAGUUCUCAUGACCAUGCAGUCUGUGAGUGCCCCAACUGCUAGUCCUACCCAGGCUCCAGGUGGCUGCUGUCACUGGGGUUAGAGGUAAGCAAAGAUGGGAGGGGAUGGGAAUGCAGGUUCUUGGCAGGCCAGACAGGGACUAGAUCUUCAGGGUGAUGGUAGUGUGAACAUUCCUUAGACCAGAGUCCUGGAGAGAAUAGUGACAGGCAGUGUGACUGAGGAGCUAGGACAGAAAUAGCCCAGGAAAAGGAAGGAAGAGAAAGGGUGUGUCCUAGAGUCAUCCCUUGUAACAGCUUCUCCAGAGCUGACUUAGGUAAAAACAAGUCCAGCUUACAGAAACCCAAACACUACCUA